AUGUUCUCAGAUGUAUCAAAGAAGAUAGCUGUUAUGCCUAUGGAGAAAGAAGAGAUGCCAGUAAAAUCUAGUCAGUUGUAUUCUAAACUUUUCGAAGAAGCGGAAAAGAUAAAAAACUGGAAGUCCAAACUAGACUCAGAGGUAUCACAGAAAGACAGGAAAUUGCAGGAAAAUAAAAGAACAAUUGAAACCCAGCGCAAGGCAAUUCAGGAAUUACAGUUUGAAAAUGAAAGUCUCAGCAUGAAACUAGAGGAACAAAUCAAUGAAAACACAGACCUGAGGAAUAAGACCAAUGCCACCAGGAAUUUGUGUAAUAUACUUAAAGACACAUUUGAAAGAUCUUCAGAGAACAUUCAUUUAUUUGAAGCUGAAAGAGAAGAAACGCACCACCUCUUCAUGCAAAACAGUGAGACUAUUCAGCGCAUGAUUGAUGCCUUUGAAGGGCUUCGGAUUCAAGCAGAGCAUGACCAGCAAGAAAUGUCAAGAAUCAGAGAGGGCCUACAACAGUUCGAGCAUCUAAAAGAAACAUUUGAAAAGGAAUUCAGUUUGAAAGAAGAGGAGGUUCUAACUCUUCAAACAAAACUUGCUAGUAAAGAGGAUGAACUGAAGGAAAUCUCUGUCAGUCUACAAGAAACCCAAGUGAAGUGCAAUCGUCUCAAUGAGACUGAAGCCCAACAUAAAGACAUGCUUCAGACAUCUAGAGAAGAGCAGGACAUCCUUGCAGAGAAACUACAAAGGACUGAGGUACUCCUCAAAGAAAGUGAGGAGAAAGCAGCAGCCAUUGUGCACACACUGGAUCUUGCUAAACAGGAGCAUGAAAAGAUUAUUGCUGAGAAGGUGGUUAAGCAGGAGGAGCUGAUCACAAUCCAGGAACAGCAGGCAGAUCAACUUUCUGAACUCCAACAGAUAGUUCAGGCUUUGCAGGACACCCUCACAGCUGAGAAACAGAGGGCAGAAGAACUGGAGGUCAUGCUUACCUCAGCAUCAGAGACACUUAACCAGAAAAACUCAGAAUUUGGCAAAAUCACUGAACAGAAAGGAGAAGCAGACAAACAUAUACAAAUGCUUAAAACAGAAUUGGUAUUGUAUCAUUUUUAG